AUGGCAUCUUCGGCACCGCCCGCCGCCGGCCAGAAGAAGGACGACAAGCCGGCCGACCAGGCCGCCAAGCCCGAGACACAGCAGAAGUCGGCCGCGCUCGAGGAGGACGACGAGUUUGAGGACUUCCCCGUCGACGACUGGGACAUGGAGGAGACCGAGGGCGGCGCCAGCAACGAGGCCACCACCCAGAAGCACCUGUGGGAGGAGUCAUGGGACGACGACGACACGAGCGAUGACUUUUCGCAGCAACUUAAGGAGGAACUGAAGAAGGUCGAGGCCUCGAAGCGCAGAUGA